CGCAUGCAGCACACGAACCAACCAACGCUCUGCCCUCUCUCGCCCCGCAUCCCGUCCCCCGGCCCAACCGCACGCCCACGUACAUCCUUAUAUGCACAACCCCCGCGGCAGCCGCAGCCGAGACCGAGACCGACGCGGGAAGAGGGAAGAGCAGGAUGCCGGACGGCGGGGGCGGGUCGGACGGCGCGGGGGCGGGGGCGGGGAGGAUCAAGGGGUCGUGGAGCCCCGAGGAGGACGAGCUGCUGCGCGACGCCGUGGCGCGCCACGGGGCCAGGAACUGGACCGUCAUCAGCGCCGAGAUCCCCGGCCGGACGGGCAAGUCCUGCCGCCUGCGCUGGUGCAACCAGCUCAGCCCCGGGGUGCACCGCCGCGCCUUCACCCCCGACGAGGACCGCCUCAUCUUCGAGCUCCACAGCAAGCACGGCAACAAGUGGGCCACCAUCGCGCGCAAGCUCGUCGGCCGCACCGACAACUCCGUCAAGAACCACUGGAACUCCACGCUCCGGAAACGCCGCAGCGCGGCCGCGGGCAACGCAGCGGGCGGGCCCGUCUUCGCGCCUGCCGCUGCCAUGUCGUUCCAAUCUGUGGAUCUCACCAGGGGCGCGGAGGAGGACGACGACGACGACGACGACAGCGACGCCUCGGUGGAACCGCCCGCCAACGCCAAGCGGCCCCGCGUGGACGUCGGCGGUGCCGUCCCUCCCGCGGUGAAGGUGGACCACCAGGCGCCGCCGCCCGACCCGCCCACGUCGCUGUCACUCAGCCUGCCGGGAACCGGGGUCGGCGCCGUCACCCCGCCGGCUCCCCCGGCGCCAGUGCCGGCGCCAGCGCCGGUGAAGGAGGCGUGGAUGGAGAGCGCGAGGGCGAUGCUGGAGCAGAACCCGUGGUUCAUGGAGGCGAUGAAGCGGAUGGUCGAAGAUGAGGUGCGGCGGCAAAUGGGCAGUGUGUGCUCCAUCAUGGCGUCCCUGGGCAGAGCCGGCGCGGCGGCGGCCACCCUGCCGACGGCCAGGGCCGAUCGAGCAGAAACGCACCCGGCAGGCGGUCGAAACCGACGGACGGACGGGUAGACGAGACGCCAAGCAUCUGCAUUGCAAGUUCCAUUCAACUCCUUGUUGUUGCUCGUCGAUCUCAUUCAUGUCCGUCUCCAUUUCCAUUCCCUACUAGUAGAAUCUAGCUAGCUUUUUUUGUUGAUUCACCUUAGAGAUUACUCCUGCAAGAGAAACAGAAGCAUUUCGGA